CAACACUGGCUAACUGACAACUGCAUCACGGGUAGGGAGUAACCAGCAGUGAGCCUUUUUGUUAUAUAAAGCUCGGGGGUAACGAGUGCUGGGCAAACAGACUUGGCGAGCACGGCGAGCAAUUCCCCGGUCAAAAGCCACAACAUCAUGUCGACGACACCACCGCUGAUGAACGAUAGCCCCAGGACGCCGACGGACAUGUCCAGCCUCGCGGACCUCUUGCCGCUGCAUGACCCGUGCCAACACAAACAUCAUGUGGUUUUACUCAAUGAAGUGGCUCGACACCAAAAGCUUGAGGGCCUCUGAUGGGGGUGGUGAUGGCGGUGGUGGACGGACGUGGUCUCAAAAGUCCCGCUUUCGGGGUGGACGGAGACGGACGAACCAUUGGACUGCUCGUUCUUCUUUUCCUGAUGUUGCUCUGCACCCCGGAUCGCGAAAUUGGAAGCGUCGCCAGUCUGCUCGAGUGGUCGGAACCCCUGCCCAAAAGGAAACAUGCGACCUGUGGGUUGCUCUCCACCCUGGACCAAACCCCUGUCAGCAGUGGCGUCCCAAGAAGCUGAGAGAGCGGGUGCCGAGCCUGCCAAGAGAUAGGCUUCUUAUCUUGAAUUCGGGAUCCAAUCAGAGAGCGCGGGAUUUCACAAGGGAAACAGUCAAAGACAACAUCACCUCGAAAGCACCCAGAUACACACCCCCAUCGCCAACAGCAGCAGAGGGAAGCGAACGCCCGUAUUGAUUUCAUUAAUUAACGAGUCCUUCAUGCAGGCCAGGCCUCCAACCAGAAAUUUCUCAUUGUUUGAGAUGAGUUCAUCUUCUCAAAAGCGCCUUCAUCAGUCUAGCCUUUCCUCUCCCCACCAGUUUCGCCAGCCUUACAAAUAGAGAGAAACCAGAAACCGCCCCCCAUCAGAUACGACUUUUUCCGAUCUCCACUACAAUAGCGGAGCCAAAAACCACAUGUUUGACGCGCAUCAAAGACGAGACGGCACUCCAUACCACGAUCCCAGAAAGACACACAGAUCCAACAGAACCGUCCCAUUCCGCCCAGCAGAUGGGAUGACAUGUCACCGGAAGGAAGCCUCAAUGCAAGCCAAGGUAAAGUCCGGUCACCUAGUGUUUUAGUGUCCGUCUUUUCCAGUCUGCGGGAGAUUACCGGCUGCAAGAGCCGCAAAUAUCAAUUGUAUAUGCGCGCGGAUAUAUGUGCUGAUGUCACCGCAACACCGAGGCUAUGAAGCAGCUCCGAGGUCGGGUGAGUCCCACGGAUGGCAAAAACUGAGAGUUCAGGAUGCGGAAGGGGGUGAGGGAGAUCAUCCUAGGUUUCUCUCUUGAUCAACAUUGAUUUCCAAUCCGUAGAAUGCGGCCCACGACGGCGAUAUUGUAUAGUGUAUGCACAUCCUCAUAUCGUGAGAUGGAGUGAAGGGCCCAACGGACAACCAUCAUCCAAGCUGCGUUGAGCCUAGACAACGGUUCUUGGACUCCACAUUCAAGCGUGAUCCACCCUCAGACAGAGCCUCACGAAUAGCCACACCAUAGACAGGUCGAGGGCCUAGUUCAACUCCAUAUCUGUGGAAUGAGAGGCAAAUUGGAGCUGCUGUAGUAUAUUCCGCAGUUUUCCGUGACAGUGGAAACAAGCUCGACGGUCAACAACCUAGACUUUGCUUCGUCCUCAAUGGGAACAGAUGCGGCAACUGAAAGAGGACCAAUGGUAGUGGCUUCUCGUUCCCCAUAGUCAAACUGAAAAAGGUUCUACACUAUUUCCUGAGAUACCAAGUUCAACAGGGGCAUUUAUUUCAUAUUAAACCAAUAAGCUCCAACAACCGCAUCCCACACAAGACUAAAAGCAAACAACCGCGAGAGCAGCUUUUAAAGACUUUUUUAAUUGGUUGGUGUAUCAUAUCUAUCCCCUGACAAGCAGGGCCAUCUGCGUUGAUGUUUGCCUCAAACAUACCUGUGAUCGAGUCCACCAAGCUUGCAC